UAAAUACCGACAGAAAGGACCGAAUGUUUACGAUCGUUCGAAAUCCAUUACAGUUCCAAUAAGAAAUAAUAGCGAGGUUAUGAUGAGAUAACUCUACCGUCAAUGAAAGCGUGUCUUCGUUCACGAGAUGGAAGCUGUAUUCAUCAGCUUCGACAACCGCUUACUACCAUCGGUUGUGAAGGCAGUGAUGUUAUUAUCCAGUGUUCCAAUGUGGAGCGUCAGCAUGCUGUUAUUGAAUAUGAUGAGACAGAAGGUUGUUUUGUAGUACAAGAUCUUAACUCUGCGCAUGGAACUUAUGUCAAUGAGUGUCGUGUACAAAAUGCAGCUGUUAGACUUGCUUCUGGAGAUAUCAUUAGAUUUGGAUAUGAAAACACAGGAUUUGAAUUUCUUGUUGACUCCUCUGGUCCAAUACACUACCCAACUUUGGCAGUAUCAAAACCAUGGGAAUCAUACAGGCUUCGUGUGUUACCAUCUCCUGUGGCAUCAAUUCAAUCCGGGGUGGUAACCUCACUUCCUUACAUUAGCACCAGCACUACCUCUAGCAGUGAAGGGAUGCAGUUGUUUUCAAGCUCUCAAGCUGUAAGUUUACCACCUGGCACUGGGAGCUCAAUAACAGAGUUAAGGGGAACUUCUGAUACCAAGGCUAAUGUCAUGCCCCACCCACCCCUGAGGUCACGCCCCACUAGUGCUGGUGCAACAAAGGCACGUCCAAGCUCUGCUGGAAGGGAAAGAACUGCUGCCCCCCCUGUCACAAGAGGUGGCUGGGUGAAUGGUGUAAUGCAGACAGCAGGGGAAAACUCUGUCCAAGAAUUGGAGGAGCGUCUGUUACGCAUGGGUGAUGAACUCAGCCGACUGGCUUCAUAUGAAGCAGAAUGUCAUCGAAAGGAUGGAGUUAUUGCUGCUCUUAGAGAUGAGGUUGUUGAUCUUAAGGGAGCUCUGCAAUCCAGUGGUGGUUUAAGAGCUGGAGGUGAGGACUCUGCAUUUUCAAACUCAAGUAUUAUUUUACAACUGCGAGAGCAAGUGUCACAGUUACAAGGAAUUCUACAAGAGAAAGAAGAAGGUGAAAAGACAGCAGCACAGAAGUUAGCCAUGUACCAAAACCAACUUCAUGCCAAGAACAAUGAAGUAGCCUCACUGAAGGACCAACUACAAAUGCAGGUUUGUGAAGGAACCCAUUAUUUCUGCAAGGUACAUGUGUAA